AUGGGUGAAAAAAUGCUUCACAUUGCAAUGUAUCCAUGGUUUGCAGUUGGCCAUAUUACCUCAUUUCUCCAUAUCUCUAACAAAUUAGCAGAAAGAGGCCACAAAAUCUCCUUCUUCUUGCCAACCAAAACACAAAGCAAGUUCGAGCCUUUCAAUCUCCACCCCGAUGUCAUAACAUUCAUUCCAAUUAAGGUUCCUCAUAUUGAUGGCCUCCCACUCGGCACUGAAACAACAACCGAUAUUCCUUUCUCACUUCAACAUCUUCUUAUGGCUGCAAUGGAUCUCACAGAACCUGCCAUUGAAGCUUCUCUCCGUGAACUCAAACCCCACUUCUUUUUCUUUGAUUUUACUUACUGGGUGCCAGCGUUGUGUCACAGACUAGGCAUCAAGUCCAUGUAUUACUGUACCAUUAGCCCUGCAACUGUUGGCUAUUUGAUUAGUCCGACAAGAAAGAUUCUUGAGAAAGGUUUGACAGGGUCGGACCUCAUGGAGCCUCCGCUAGGUUUCCCUUCUUCGAGUAUCAAGUUACGUGACCAUGAAGCCCGAGGACUUGCAGCUGCAACAAUAAAAGAAUACGGUAGCGGUAUUUCAUUCGUUGUGCGCCAAUCAACUGCCUUAAAUGAAUGUGAUGCUAUUGGUUUCAAGACAUGCAGGGAGAUUGAAGGGCCUUAUUGUGAUUACGUUGAAAAACAAUUUGAAAAGCCAGUGAUUUUGGCAGGACCGGUAGCGCCAGGGCCGCCAAAUAAGACUUUAGAAGAACGGUGGGAGAAGUUGUUGAGCAGCUUUCAAGCUCAGACUCUGAUAUUCUGUGCUUUCGGGAGUGAAUGUGUUCUCAACAAAGAUCAGUUCCAGGAAUUGGUUUUAGGUCUUGAGCUGACAGGUUUACCAUUCUUGGUUGCCCUGAAACCACCAAUGGGAGCUGAAACAACUGAGUCAGCAUUGCCAGAAGGGUUCAAAGAGAGAGUAAAAGGAAGAGGGUUUGUUCAUGGGGGUUGGGUGCCGCAACAGUUGAUCUUGAGUCACCCUUCCGUGGGGUGUUUCGUGACCCAUUGUGGUUCCGGCUCUUUAUCAGAGGCUAUGGUCAAUGAUUGUCAGUUGGUGCUGUUGCCUCAUAUCGGAGAUCAGAUAAUUAACGCAAGACUGAUGGCUGGAGAUCUCAAAGUUGGAGUAGAGGUUGAGAAAGGUGAAGAAGAUGGACUUUUCAGAAAAGACGAUGUUUGCAAGGCAGUGAUGGCCGUGAUGGACGAUGAUAGUGAGGUGGGGAAACAGGCCAGGGCAAACCAUGCUAAAUGGAAGGACUUCCUUUCAGGCAAAGGGCUUGAAAUCUCCUACAUUGAUAGUUUCGUUGAGAAGUUGCACGCGCUGAUAUGA